CGGAUUGGCAGAGAGAACGCUGACCGGGAUAUUUUGAAAGCAGCAGGGUGGAUUCUACUGGUAGUCUAGUGUUUGUAAAUCAGAAAAGAUUUGAACACCUUUAGGAACUGUAUUAGACGGGUUUUUAGCGCAUCCAUGGAGCAGGAAAACCAGGAAACGGCGUGUAUAGUCAGUGACAUGUCGGACAUGGUGGUGGUUGAUUUGCACUCUGCCGUUAAAGCUGAAGAAACAGAGGAAGGUCUUCCUGGAGCGGGGCGCAGCCUGUUGGAUAUAACCCAAGCCCUGAGUCUAAACGGGGACAGUGAUGACGACAGUGGCACAGAUCAUUUCAGCAGUGAGAAGUCGGGGACUCAGCUGCAGAGAUGUGAGCAGCACGGAGGAGGAAGCUCUGGUCUGCCCGACACCUUCCAGACCGGCGGUCUGCUGUUCUACGAGAGGUUUAAGGCGUAUCAGGACUACAUGCUGGGAGACUGUAAGCCCUCAGAGGUGAAGGCCUUCACAGCAGACUACCUGGACAAGGCGCUGGAGCCGUGUGACUGGUUGGCUUUGUGGAGCACUGCCGUCUUUGAUGUGGUGGUGGAGGUGCAAGAUCUGGACCUGAAUGACCUCAAGGCGUGUGUGAAGCUGCUGCUGCCUCUGCAGUGUGAAACCAGAAGCUGUGAGAUCACAGAGGAAUCCUUUAAUUCUCUGCUGGAGGCGACUCAGCACAAAGUCCCCCUGCUGGAGCUGCAGGUGCUCUACAACGAGUCGGGGGACUUUGACCAGACGGCACUCACUCUUGAGCACUUGAGGUUUUUCUACAAACACAUCUGGAGGCAGUGGGAUGAAGAAGAUGAGAACGAUGACUUUGACUACUUUGUUCGUUGUGUGGAGCCUCGUCUCAGACUCUACUAUGACAUCCUGGAAGACAGAGUCCCAGCUGGCCUGGUGGCAGAGUACCAUUCCCUGCUGCAGAGCUGCUCCCAGUGCUUCCAGCAGUUUUCAGAGCUGCGUGGCGGGCUAAGCGCCGACUCAGACUCAGAGAUAGACAAUGUGUCCAUGGUGGAGGGCCUGAAGCUCUACGACCAGCUGGAAACAUUUAAACGCAAACUGCAGAUCAUUGAAAACCCCCUGUUGAGGUAUGUGCUGGCCUACAAAGGCAGCUCCAGACGGCAGUGUGUGCAGAGUCGUGGGCUUAGAGCAUCCGGUGUGAAGGUGGUUCACGUGGUAACGGCCAGCUGCAACACCAUCCAGCUGCAGUCUCUCCUCACUGCACGCCUCCUGCCGCUCAGCUCCUCUGACGACACAGAGAUCCAGUUCCAUAGAGAUCCAGUGUCAGCCGUGGAUUCCUGUCAUCAGGGUGACAUGGUCAUCAUUCUUCCAGGAACUUACAGAGUCAGCAGCUCCAUCUUCAUACCAGACUCCAUCACUGUUGAAGGCUUUGGAUACCCUGAUGAAGUUGUGAUUGAAAACCAACACAAAGGCGACUCAUUUGUGGAGUCCACAGGAGCCGAUGUCAGAGUGUCCAACAUCAAGUUCAUCCAGCAUGAUGCUGUCGAAGGCAUUCUGUGUGUACGUCAGGGCACUCUGAACAUGGAGAACUGCGUGCUGCAGUGUGACACUACCGGCGUGAUUGUGCAGACAUCUGCCCGCUUCACCAUGAACAUGUGUGACCUGUAUGGCUCCAAGGGGGCAGGUGUGGAGAUAUAUCCUGGCAGCAUUUCCAGUCUGGUCAGUAAUAGCAUCCAUCACUGUAAGGACGGAGUCCUGAUCAAGGACUUUGCCAAUGAGCUGGAUGGGAUGCCAUCCAUCACCAUGGAAAACAAUAUCAUCCACAACAAUGAGGACUACGGUGUGAUUCUGGUUAAACCGGGUACUGGAGAGGAGCAGAGGGUCCAGUCCUGUGAGGGUGAAGAAGACCCAGCAGUGCAAAGCGCUGACGACCAGCAGCAGGAGGCUCUUCCAGAGCCGUCAGCAGCAAAGUCAGACUCUGCUGCCUCCCAGCUGGAGUCAGCGGGAACCAACAGCAGCGACGGUGAUGCUGCUGCUGCCGCCGGCAGGAAGUGGCAGUUCGGUCGUCAGCUGAGUAGAAGCAAGGAAGUGUCCUGCAGCCGAGCGGUCCAGGAUCUGAUGGAGCACCAGAUCUUUGUUUCUGUUCAGGGGAAUCAGUUCAAAUGGAAUAGAAAGGGCGACUUUGGAAUCUUUUUCUACUGACUUUCACUCUGGCUGAUUAAUUCUAGGAAGUUCAUCUGCUUUUUAGUUCUCAUUCCCAUUUAUUGGCGUUACUGUCUUGAUUACAGAUUUGAAAAGAUCACUGGCAAAAUGUUUUCUAGGAGGUGUUGCAUUCUGUUUGUAACACUACAAUGUGUUCUCAGUACUAAUCUAGUUUGACUUUGCACAAAUCUUUUUAUCUAAAUUAUUCCUUUCAGGCUCCUCACUGCUUUUAUCUGCUGAUAAAGCGUUAUGGAUUAUUAUAUUCAAAUCAACUUGUCAUGUUGAUGGUAGUUAUGGUGUUUUGACCUUUAAUAAAAAAAA